AUGGUGAACUACAAACUCUUCGCCGUGAUUUUGAGAAUUUACAAAUGCAUAAGGGAGAAUCAGUCAGGAUUAUUUUUCUUGAGUGAGAACCAGUGUCGAUCAAAUGAUGUCAUAUGGACUGACAUUUCUGAUCAAACUGUCGUUGUAAAAGUUCUACGAAGUUUGAGUUCAAAGUUCGACCAUGUUGUUUCAACAAUUGAAGAGUCGAAAUACAUAGCUACUUACUCAUUUGAUGAACUAAUGGGGUCAUUGCUAUCGCAUGAGGAAAGACUAAACAAGUUUGAAGAAAGCAUGAAGAAAAAGUCUUUCAUGUGGGAGGCAUCCAAUCAAAAAAAUGACAGAAGAGAUGUUGCUAGCAGAGUCGUGGUAGAGGAAGAUUUCAAGAAGAGGAUGUCGAGGCAGAGGCAAAAGUGGUAUUCAAUGUUACCAAUGCAGAGGCUUCGGGCAUUUGAAAGUCGAUUGUUGGAAAAAUACCAGCAAGCUAGUUAUGCAGAACAAGAGGAGGAGGAGCUUAAGUUGUUCAUGGCAUAUCAUGAAGAGGCAAAUGCUUCCUUUAACAUCUGGUUUUUGGACAGCGGAUGCUCUAAUCAUAUUACUAGAAUAAAAUUACUAUUCAAGGAACUUGAUGAGUCUUACAAAAUGAUGGUGAAACUCGGUGGUGACAAGCAACUGCAAGUAGAAGGCAAAGGAAUAGUAGCUAUCACUAUCAGCAACGGUCAUGGCAACAUAAAGCUUCUUUAUAAUUUUUAUUUCAUUCCCACUCUGUCUCAAAAUUUAUUAAGUGUUGGGCAACUUAUGGCUAGUGGUAUUCCAUUUUAUUUGAUAAUGGCUCAUGUGAUUAGAGAUAAGAAGUUAGACCAGUUCAUUGUUGAUGAUCACAUGACACCAAACAAAUUAUUCCCACUUGAAAUUUUUGUGUAG